AUGUUCAACGGGAUAAAGCCGACCAGGCUGUGGCACCUGACCAGCCGGAAGUUCCUCAACAAGAUGACACAGGAGCGGCAAGAAUAUUUCAAGCAAAGUUGGAAGCAGCUGGAACAGCCCUAUUUCCUGCAGUUCGUCGGCAUACACCUGGGGGCGGUGGCGGGGGUCCUGUACUCGCUGGGCUGGUUCGAGAAGCCGGUGUGCCCAGCGAGGCUUAAGAAGGAGGAAGGAGAGAUGGAAGAGGCGGCCGCCGACCAGGCAUGCGACCCGGAGAAAGUACUGAAGAAGUGCUCGCAACUAGACAAGGAAGAAAGGCCCUGUAAAAAA